AUGAAAGCAUUUAAUAAUGUUGGUAAAAAUGAGAAUUGGCUGCUGAAUCAAUAUGAGUUUGAACAGCAUUUCAGGCAUAUAUUAGUUGCAAGUUCUUCACUUGAAUCAUUCGAUAUGAUGAAACAUUUUGAUCAAGCUCACAAGUCACAAUGCUUUAAAGCUGAUAAAUUAUUUUUAAUAUGAGAAGCAAAUUAUUACAUAUACACAAUUCAAAAUGAAAGAUUAGCAAGGCUUAGAUUCCAGAAGAUUUUUAACUUGAGCUCUAAUAAUGUUGAAGCUUGCUUUCAAGAAUGAUUGAUAACAAGCUUUUUUGAAAAAACUAAUAUUGGAGUUUAUGAAGACAUUAGCACUAUUUACUAUGCUCUAGAAUUAGAAAAUAUCAAGACUAAAGACCAGAUUUUUUGCAGUAAAUUGAUAGAUUUUUGGAAUGAAGUAAUUUCUUCAAGCCCUAAAAUAGAAAGGCUGAAUUUGUUGUCAAAAGCUGUAUCAGAACAUUUAGAUGCGUUAGAUGCUGGAUACUCUGACCUUGUGAAGAAAUUUCCGAAUAGAAUCGCUUGCCAUUCACUUUAUGGCUCGUUGCAAACUGAUAUCUUGAGAAGGGAAGAAAGUGGCAGCCAUUUAAUAAAAAAAAAGGAAAGCCUUCUAUCAGUGCACCACCAGCAAGAGAAUAAAAUUAAAUCACUAUCAUUUUCUGAUUCUAAUGGAUUUUUGGUCAUUUCUGCAAAUGAGGACUCGUUUGGAACAAUUGCUUAUGCAGAUUCUAUAGUGUCGCUUAUAUUAAAUCAAGAUGUAAGUUCUAUCAUUGGAUCAAAAUAUUAUGCCUACAUUCCUGAACCUUUUGCGAAAAAUCACGAUAGACACUUAGAAAAUUGCCUUGAAAAUAAUAAAAAUCCAGAAUUGAGUUUAUUUUUGAUACAUUUUCUUCAGACUGCUCGUGGGUACUUAGUUGAAUGUGCAUGUGAGGCUCAUUUAAUUCCCUUAAUUCAAGAAAUUUAUUUUGUUGUUAUUAUGCAGCCAAUCUCGAAAACAAGAGAAUGUGCUUUGCUUUUAAAAGAUGGGACUAUUUGUUCACAUAGCGAACGAUUUUUAAACUUCAUUCAAUGCCCUAAAAUCACAGGAAAAAAUGAAAAUAUUGAUGAGCUUAUCCCAGACCUCAAUUUUUCUAUGCUUAAAUCUCACGAUUCAGUUCUCCUUAAUUAUAACAACAAGCCAGUCUUAUUUGUCUUGAUAAAUACUACAACAAAAUCUACAGUUUUCAACCUUCUGCUCUUAAUCCAUGAUAAAGGUGAAAUUGAGGAGUGAAGUCAAGGAAAAGAUGGCUGGCAACAAGAUUUAGCAGACAGGUGCAUAAAAAGAUUCCAAAAAAUAAAUUAUUUUAAUGGAAGCGAUCCUUUUCAAGAAAAUGAAUAUGAAGGAAAAAACAACCUGGAAAGCCGAGAAUUGCUGAUAAAAGACGAAAAUAAAAUUAGUGAGAGAUUAAAUUCAAACACGUUAGGAAGUAGCCAUUCAUCAAUGAGCUUCUCAAGUAAUUCCUUAUUUAGGUAUUGGAAAGAAAAUGAAAAGAAACGCGCAGGCUACUUUGAGUUGGAUUAAAUGGUCCUUACUUGCAUCAAUAUUGAUGAUCAUCACAAUGACUUGCGGAGUUUUAUUAUAUAUCUGGAAAGAAAUCAGUCACUCAAAUGAUAUAGAAAGCACGGAAAAUCUUGCUGGUUUGCUUCACGAAAUGACGAUUAUGGCUCAUUUAUCUCGAGCUAUAGAUCUUUCGACCAAUUACUCAGACCUUAAUACAUCGUUCUAUUUAUCAUUAUUUACCAAAAGUGUAAACUCAUUGGAUUCCCUUCAAAAUACUAUUCUAUCUGAUUAUGAUAGUUGAAGCUACUGCCCCAGUUCAGAAAUUGUAAAUAAUAAAAUGAUCCCAAUUUGAAAUAUUAGGACUCUUCCUCCUUUACAAUAUUACACUCUUUAUGACACGAUGUCUCUUUUUGUAAAACAUGUAAUCCAUAUUCAGGGAAAAUCAUUUCUUGAUGCUUAUAUGACAAAUAAUGAUUAUAGAGAUGAUGAAUUAUUUUUAAUCGGAAAUGGUUUAGGCCAAACAUAUAAAGUCCUAAGUUCUUCUGUUAAAGCGUUCUUAAAAUGCGAAACAGACAGGGUAAAAAAUGAUGAUGCGUUAAUUCUUCUUUUGCUACUUAUGGAUGGAUUUUUAUCAGUUUCUUUAAGUCUUGGGAUUAUUUUACUGAUAAUUCAAUUUCAUAGGGCAUAUAAUGAGAUUUGGAACUUUAUAAGAAAGCAGGCGAAUGGUGCAUAUAUUGAGUUAUUUCAUAGCUGUUUUGACAGGCUUUCAACCGUUCAUUGCUGGAUCUCAGAUAAGCAAGAAAUUAGAAAAAUAAACAAAGGCACAGAAAAACCAAUCAGUGAAAAUUUUUCAAAAAGAUUUGCUGGAUCACUUUCUAUAAUUAUUGUAUGCUUUAGCUUUUGUGUAUGGUCAAUUGGAGAGGAAUACAAUUCAUCUUGUAAAGCCAAUUUGAUCAAAAGAUAUGAGCUGCUUGAGGCUUACUAUAUUCGAGUUAGCCAAAUUUCAGAGGCUUGCUACUGGGUAUGUGAGCUAUCUAUUGGAAGAAAUGAGACGACUGAAGAUAUUUUUGGAGGUGUCUAUGGGUUUUCUAAUGCAAACCAUAUGAUUAUUGAUAUCACCGAUAGAUAUAAUCAAGCAUUGCACGUUACUUCAAAUAUGAAAUACAGAGAGCUAUUUUCUAAUAAUUUGCAUAAAUUGUUUUUUGAGGAGGUUCCAGACGCGCUUGACCAUAUUUUUGAUUUUGGAACUUAUUAUGGAUCAAUGAUUAUGAAAAAUGAGUUCACCUUCUAUGCCUAUUCAAACGAUUCAGAUAUUCCUAAAGAAAUUGGCAGGUUCUUGUUCCAGGCGGGAACUUUACAAAACAUGAUAAAAAGUAAAACUCCAAUUUUUAAUAAGGGCUCUAGAGAUUUUGUAAACACGCAAUUCAAAAAUAUUGUUUAUGUGAUGAUAUGCUUUGUUGUUAUUUCUCUAUUAGCAUAUUUUUUAUUGUAUUUACCAAUUAUUAUAAGAGAAAAUCACAAACUGCAAAAACUUUAUGAAAUUUCUCAAUUGAUUCCAUGUGCAAAUAUAAGUAAAACGGCAUUCGGUUCGAGAGAAAUUAGCUCUGUAAUUUUUUAUACCUAGAUAUGCUAUUUAUCGGGUUUUGUUUUCUUUUGAGAACUUCUGCGCAACAACAGUUUUAACUUUGGGGAUUGCCAGAGGAACUGUUUCACAGUGCAGCCAAGAAGUCCAGGAUUUUGCCAUUCAGCACAUCCGAGGAGGAUGAGCAUUAGGUGGAGCACGUGAAGGAGCUAAACAGGUAAGGUAAUGGCAUCGUGCGAGGUGAGAAGCGCUAGUCAGGAUGGUAAGUGGUUUAUUUUUGAUGGUCCGAUUUUUUGGAUCGGAAAUGCUCGGGUUGUUUAUUUUGGUUGUCUCUGUAGUAGGAAUGUGGCGCUAGACACCUUAAAUACUUAAUUAAAGUAAUGCAAUGAUUCCAUUUACAUAUAAUAAAAAAUAA